AAUUCAUAGUUUUAUAAUAAUUUUGUUGAAAUUUUUUUUUUAAAUAAAAUUAUCAAGUUAAAAUAGCCAAAAUUAUUUAUCAACUUUUAAUUUUAGUUUAAAUUUUAAUAAUGAAACCAGAGAUGUUAGAUAAUAGUCUCCAUAAAAAAGAUUGCUCAUGUUCCCAAGAGAAUAAUUCAUACAAUUGGAGUAGACUUGGUCCCAUGGGACAACUUCUUGAGCCAAAACUUUACCCAGUUGAUUCCAAAUUGUCACCAAGAACAACAAACGGCACAGCUAAUCAGCCAUACCAAGAUGCAAAUAUAUUUUUAAAACAUAUUCAAGAUAAAUAUUAUGAACGUUCACAAACCCAACCAGUUCAUGAUGCUUUGAGAAGAAUCAAUGAGGAUCGUUACAAGACAACUUAUCAAGUUGCUUAUGGCAAUGACAUUGAAUAUGGCUACUUGGAUUAUGAUGACCUGGACCUGUCUGAUAAAUUCAAGUGUAAAGAUGAUCAAGUUGAAGAAUUAAGACCAUGCAAAAUUGGACUUAGAUUACCAUACAUUGGAGGACAUGAUAUUCCAGGAAUUAAAUAUCAUCGAACAAAUCUUCUUGACAAUGAUUCUGGAAACAAUAAAAAAAUAGAUAAAGAUCAAGAUGAAUUGUCUGUUAAAAAAUCUAGCAUUAAACAAACAAGAAAAAAAUUAACUGGAUCAAAAGGAGCCAAGUCAAGUGGAACAGGAAAAAAAAAAGUUAUCUUAAAGUCAAAUUAAGUUGGUCUUUUAAUAAACAAAAAUAUUAUCAACAAAUUGUAAUUAAUUAAAAAAAUAAUUACUCACCAAUUGAUUGAUUGAUGAGAUUUUUUUUUUCAAUACUUAUUUACCGAUUCAGCACAAUUUAGCACCACCAUCUUCAUCAACUCUGUUGAUAUGGCAGAAAAAUAAAAUGGAGCGACAACAAAAUAACAAAAUAAUUUGUAUUGUAGCAUUAAUUAUUUUAUUUAAUUUAUGAUAUUUUUUUACCUUUCUUUGGAUAUUAACUCAACGUGUAACAAGUUAGUGAUUAUAAAUAAAUAAUUGGUGAGUUGAUAAAUAAUUUUUUUAAAACAAUAGUUGGAUAUUUUAUUUUUAUUUUUAUAUCACACGUGUUUACUAACAAUCCUCGUGGGUAAAUAAUCUAGAAAAAAUGAUGAGAACAAAAUUAAAAUGGAUAAAUAUUUACAAGUGUUUAAAUUAUUUUGACAAUAAUUUAUAUUAUCAUACAACAAAAGCAACAAGGUUAUCAUCAAACACCAAGAUUGUGAGGAUUAGAAAAAUAAAUAAAAAACAGAACAACAUAACCCCAAAAGAAACAUCAGCUGUAAACAAAAAUCAUCAACAAUUUAACAUAAAUAAAAAUAAUGAAUUGACAAAAUUAAAUAAUGAUUUUAUUCAAAAAAAUAUCAAGAUAAAUUCUUCAACAGAAGUAUUAAAUUGUCAUGAAAAUAUUAAUGAUAAAAGUAUUUGGGAAGAUGUUGAUUCACCAGAGCAUUCAAUAGUCAAUAACAAAAAAUCAGAAACAAAUUGUAAAUCAGAAGAAUUAAAAGAAAAUAUAGAUAAUCAAAAUGAAACGAGAUAUAACAAAUUAAACAUGCAAAUGUUAUCAAGAAGUUUGCACAAACAAAUAUUUGCUAACUUGAAUAAUGCUGAUGUACCAGAUGAAAUAAUUGAUGCAUCAAAACGUGAUUUAAAUGCUUUUAAUAUGAACAUUGAGGAUACUGUUUAUACACCUGAUGUUGACAUUGAUUUACCACCUCUUGAAGGCAAAGAUUUAAUUGAGCAUUUUUUAAAUAUAUCAACAGCUCAAGCUGCACCAUAUUUAAAGCUAGCUGAAAAAAUAAUAAAUGACAUUCCUGAGAUGCCAGAGACGUGGGUAUUUCAAGAAGGCUGGACAAGAUAUUGUGAUGGUAAAAUUGAACGUGUUGAUUAUCCACUUGAAGAAGCAAUGAUAUUUGACGUUGAAGUUUGUGUUAAAGAUGGUCCAUUACCAACACUGGCAACAGCUGUUACAAAUUCAGCUUGGUACAGUUGGGUAUCAAAGACAUUGAUUGAAUCAAAUGGUAUGCCAGCUGAAAGUAUAUCAUUCACACCAGAUUAUUUAAUUCCCAUUGAAAGUUGUCAAAAUGACAAUGGUAGAAAACAAACUAGUCAUCAAACAAAAGCUAAAAUUGUCAUUGGUCAUAAUGUCUCAUAUGAUCGUGCAAGAAUUAAAGAACAAUAUUGGUUAAAUCAAACUGGCACAAGAUUCAUUGACACAAUGUCACUUCAUAUUUCAGUAAGUGGAAUGAAUAGCUAUCAACGAGCUCAAGUUAUGGCCAGUAAAAAUAAACCAAUUGAUGAAGAUUGGCAAGAUAUAACAUCAUUAAAUAAUUUAGCUGAUGUUUAUAAAUUGUAUUGUGGUGAACAUCAUGAAAAAUCAUCAAGAGAUGUUUUUGUCAAGGGUGAUCUUGAAGAAAUUAAAUUAAAAUUUCAAGAAUUAAUGCAUUAUUGUGCUACUGAUGUUGUUGCAACACAUAAAAUUAUAAAAAUAUUAUUUCCAUUAUUUAAAAAUAGAUUUCCACAUCCAGCAACAUUUGCUGGUAUGCUUGAAUUAAGUACAUCAUAUUUACCAGUUAAUUCAAAUUGGAAAAGAUACAUUGAAGAAUCAGAAUCAACAUUUCAAGAUCUUAAUUAUGAAGCUAAACUUUGUCUAUCAAAAAGAGCUGAUGAAGUUUGUAAAUUAAUACAUAAUGAUAAAUAUAAAAAUGAUUUAUGGAUGUGGGAUGAAGAUUGGAGUACACAAAUUAUUAAAAUGAAAAAAAAAUUAACUAAAAAAGAACAAGAAAAAAAUAAAAUUAUUGAAGAUAGCAAUAAAAGCAAUGAAAUAUCUGAUGCUAAAAAAUAUUUAUCAGAUGAUGAAGAAGAUGAAAUUGAUCCACUUGUUGAAAAAUUUAAAUAUUUAGAAUCAACAAAGUAUUUAUUACCAGCAAGAAAACCUCAUAUGCCUGGUUAUCCAGCAUGGUAUCGUAAAUUAUGUACAAAAGAUAAGAAAAAAAAAGAUGAAGAUGAUGCUGAAGAUGUUGCUGAUGAAAUAAAAUAUCAGCCUGGUUUACACAACAUAAGUACAUCAAUGAAAAUAACACCAAAAUUAUUAAAUUUAACAUGGGAAAAUUAUCCACUACAUUAUAUUAAAGAACACGGUUGGGGUUUUCUUGUGCCUUACAAUAAUGAUCCAGAUAUUGAAACAAAACUACCAAUAAAUCAGCUACUAUCACAGUGUCCACUUCCAAAUAAUUUUACCUACGAUCCAGAUACUGAUUAUGCCAUGUCAACUCUACGAACAGACGUGCAAGAUGAGCUACAUAAAACUGAAUUUUGGCGUGAUAAAAAAAGACAAAUAAAUUGGAAUAAAAAAAAAAAAGAACCACAUCCAGAAACAUUUUAUAAAGGUAGUGGUAUAUGGUGUAAUGUUGACAUUGAUAAUUGUGCAUGGUUUUAUAAAUUACCCCAUAAAGAUGGACCAAAAUCAAAUGUUGGAAAUCCAUUGGCAAAAGAUUAUUUAAAUAAAUUUUCUGAAAAUGUAUUGGCUGGUUUGGAUUCAAGUGCAACUGAGGUAUUAAAAAUAUCUAAAAUGGUAUCAUAUUGGCGUAAUAGUAGAGACAGAAUAAUGUCACAAUUAGUAAUAUGGUUAAAUGGUGAAAGUUUACCAACAUUGGCAAGACGUAAAUCAGAAAAACAUGAAACAUAUGGUGCAAUAAUACCACAAAUUGUUGUUAGUGGUACAUUGACAAGACGUGCAACUGAAUCAACAUGGAUGACAGCAUCAAAUGCACAUAUUGAACGUGUUGGAUCUGAGCUUAGAUCAAUGGUACAAGCACCACCUGGUUAUAAUAUUGUUGGUGCUGAUGUUGAUAGUCAAGAACUUUGGAUUGCAUCAUUAAUUGGUGAUUCAUCAAGUGGUAUACAUGGUGCAACACCAUUUGGCUGGAUGACACUUAUUGGUAGUAAACCAAAAGGUACUGAUAUGCAUAGUGUUACUGCUAAUGCUGUUGGUAUAUCACGUGAUCAUGCUAAAAUUAUUAAUUAUGCUAGAAUUUAUGGUGCUGGACAAAAAUUUGCUGAACGUUUAUUAAAACAAUUUAAUCCAUCAAUGACUGAUGCAGAUGCACUUGCCAAAUCUAAAAAAAUGUUUGCCAUAACAAAAGGAAAAAAAUUAUAUACAAUUAAAAAAGAAUAUCAUGAUGAGGAAUUUAUUGAUAAUAAAAAAACAUACAGUCCUUGGGAAGCACAAAAUAUUGCCAAGCUAUAUGGUAAAUCAAUUGACGAAAUGUUUGGCUUGGGUAAAUGGACUGGUGGCUCGGAAUCACAAAUGUUUAAUAAACUUGAAGAUAUUGCUUGUUGUGAAGCACCAGUAACUCCAUUUUUAAAAUCACGUCUCAGUCGUGCAUUGGAAGUUGAUGCAGAUAAUAAAGAUAAAUAUUUACCAACAAAAAUCAAUUGGGUUGUACAAAGUGGCGCUGUUGAUUUUUUACAUUUAAUGCUGGUGUCAAUGAGAUGGCUAAUGAAAGAUAAUGCACGUUUUUGUUUAUCAUUUCAUGAUGAAAUACGUUAUAUUGUACCAUCACGUUAUAAAUAUAAUGCAGCACUUGCAAUGCAUGUUACAAAUUUAUUAACACGUUCAUAUUGUUCAGCACGUAUUGGUAUUUAUGAUUUACCAAUGUCUGUUGCAUUUUUUGCAUCUGUUGAAGUUGAUACUGUGCUGAGAAAAGAUGCUGGUGUUGAUUGUAAAACACCGUCAAAUCCUCAUGGUCUUGAAAAUGGAUAUGGUGUACCACCUGGUGAAACUGUUGAUAUAUUAAAAGCUAUUGAAAAAUCUGGUGGUUCACUUGGUCCUGCACAUUCUAAAAUUAUUAAAAAUAAAAAGUCAAGUAAAUCUACUGAUGAUAAUGAACAAAUAUAAAUUAUCUGUUCAAAAUAAAAUACACUCGUAAUAAAAAAUGUCGAGUGCAACAAAACGUAAGCAUGUUAC